AUGCCGAAUCUACCUAGUCCCGAUGAAAUAUCUGCCCAAGAAGCGCACAUCAAGGACAGCAGAAUAACAGAGCUGAUUGCUGUCCAUGCGAUAUGUUUUCCGCUUGCCUGCGUCGCAGUCUUACUCCGAAUCUUAUCACGGAGGAUCGCCAAAGUCAGAUAUGGAGCUGAUGGCUGGUUCAUGCUCGCUGGACUUUGUUUUACGGCGGCGGUGAUGAUCAGCAAUGUUGUCGGUCUGCAUUUCGGGCUUGGGAGACAUGCUGUACUUGCAAAUCCACCUGGAUUUGCCAAGACUCUCAUGUCUGCGGAAGUCGUCUACAAUUUCGCCAUGCUGUGCAUCAAGUACUCUAUUCUUUGUCUGUAUUACCGCAUCUUCUUCGUUAGCCGUGGCUUCACUAUUGCAGUAUGGGUAAUCGGAGCUUUCGUAAUGGGCUAUAGCAUUGCUCAAACGUUCGCGGCUAUCUUCCAAUGCACACCUGUUCCGGCACUGUGGGACCCAUAUACGCACGGUCACUGCAUCGACACGAGUCUUGCGGCCACGGUCAUGGCUGCCUUCAAUGUCGCGACAGAUUUUGCGAUCUUGAUAUUGCCUAUGCCUAUCCUUUGGCAGAUGCAGAUCCCCUCACGAAGAAAGUUGCAGAUCAUGGGCAUCUUCUUGCUCGGUGGCUUCGUGUGUGUCGCAAGCGUUUAUCGUUGCGUUGUCAUUCAUACACUCUCACCUAGUGAUCCAACUUGGUCAGAUGUUCCUACAGUCCUCUGGACGAUGGCCGAGCUGGGAGUUGCUAUCGUCACUUGGGAUGCAGAAAAGGAUCAGAAACUAUGGGAUGUUCUAGCGCGCUCAUCUGCAAAGGCGCAGGAUCUAGACUGGAAUGCAUUGGCUGAAAAGUUUGAUGUGACUCUUUCCUUCCUAUCACAGCAAGCAGCCUGGCUAUACGAGAGGCAAUUAGCACAGGUCAGAGCUCAACUGAGGAAGGUCAACAAGCCAUCUUCGACGGGCACUUCCCCAACGCCAGGAUCGACCUCUGGCAGCGGCACAGUAACAGGUGGACACCCAAUGUCAAGAGGUGGCAGUGCUGGCUCUCGAGCUCCGUCCUCGUUGUCAUACCGACCCAAAUCCCGCGCUCCCUCUCAUGGUGAGUCUAGCGGUCCUGAGCUUCGUCCAGCUAGAGGCUCUAUACUCUCGCGAAAGUCUUCUCAGAACACAGUGUCCCAAGUGGCUGCAGCUUCUCCUACAACAAGGCCCAGAUCCCCAGUCGACGUUCAUUAUUCUCACAAACAUAGACGAUAUAGUCACGAAACGGCGCGGCGAUCAGUAGAGACGUCCCCAAAGAUUGAAAAACCUGUGAUGGAAAGGGUGCCUAGCUCUUCAGCUAUCGAUAGCAGCUCAUCUUCUUCUGACGGUGAAGAGCCGCCUCUAAUGUCGCGAAGCCGUGUGUUCGCUCGCAGGCCGCGGUAUUCUUCCGCAAAAUCAAAUUUGAGACCACUUUCAGAUGCAGACGAAGAAGCUGACGAGACACCUCCUUUCCUUCCCUUUUCUGAAGCUGGACCAGCUACUCCGGAUCAGGCAAAGGAUCUCGCAGCAACCAUGAGAGUGCCUGCACAUCAGGCAUCGAAGCGUCCCGUCACCUCGCCCCCUACUAAGACUAAAAGAACGGCUUUGCAAACAGUCUAUUCCUCAUCGUCCUCGGCGCAAUCCCAACCUCAUAACCAAACACGUACGGCAAAAGGUGCCGCCACACUAUCACCGCAGCAAAGACGCAUAGCAAGGGAAGCCCAAAGUGACGGUACACCUAGUAUGGGCAGCUCUUUCAGUGACCUUGAGGAUGCUAGUGUUACGCAGAGCGCGUUAGAGGAGGCAAUGGCGGGAGAAAUGCAGGCUGGGGGGAUGGCAAGUCGCAUGAGCAGCAUCAGUCAGGCUUUAAGGUCUAAAUACCUGUGA